AUGGACUCUGCUGAAGACCAGUGGAUCCGCUCCGAUGUGUAUCACAACUCCUUCCUCGUCCCUGACGAUGAUGCUCUCGCAUACGCUCAGAAGGCCAGUGCGGACAACAAUCUGCCCGCUAUUGCGGUCAGCGUCGCACAGGGAAAAUAUCUGAACUUGCUCGCUCGGUCUAUCGGAGCGAAGAAUGUCCUUGAGGUUGGGACUCUUGGAGGAUACUCCACCAUCUGGCUCGCCCGCGCUCUCCCCGAGGACGGAAAGCUUAUUUCCCUCGAGCUUUCCCCCAAACACGCUGAAGUCGCGCGUGGCAAUAUUGCGUAUGCUGGAUUAAAUAACAAAGUAGAAAUAAUAGUCGGACCAGCUGCGGAGUCCAUCAAAAAACUCCAGCCCGAGCCACCGUUCGACUUUAUUUUCAUCGACGCAGACAAGUCCGGAAAUUUGACGUACUUCCUCGAGGCUAAGCGCCUUGUCAAGAAAGGCGGUGUCAUCAUUGUAGACAACGUCGUCCGUCAAGGCCGCGUUGCUGAUUUGUCCUUCUCUGGUCCCUAUGUCGACGGCGUUCGCAGGUUCCUUGAGCAUUUGAAGACGGACAAGGAUGUGGAUGCAACCACCAUUGCGACCGUUGGAGAGAAAGGCUGGGACGGAUUUACUUACAUCAUUCGUCUCUGA